AUGACAGCCUUAUUUUCUAUUGAUCAUGUCAAAUAUGAGUGUAGCUGCGGUGAAUGGGAAAGUUUGAAUCGCUUAUACUUUUGUCGACAUUGUUCCAACAUUCGGUGAGUGAAUGCUGUUAUACGCGCAUCCAAUGAAACUUACCAUUUAUCAUGCAACACGUGUCGUUGGACGACGACAGACUCAGGUAUACCAGACUCCACUUCAUCAACAAUCUGGCCACAGUAUCAGUUUGAAGAUGAGCAGCUAUUAUCUUCAUUCUUAGAAAGAAUGAGAAAUUACGCGGCUGUCGAAAGGACCGAUCGUGAACGACAUAAAUAUUCUAAAAGAAGAUCAAACCUCGGCACCGUUCUUUUGGAUCGUUUUGGUCUGCAGUCAAUGUACAACCGACGAAAAGCAGCGUUAGCUGAACGAACAGAAAAGAAAUUUCAUGUAUUAGAACCUACAGACGAUGUACCACAGUUGGAUGAUUCCAUCUUUGACGAUCAUAAAAUAGACGUAGAAAGCAUUGCGACCUUGAUGCAAGAAGCAAAACAACCUCUUGCUAAUGGACGAGCUCUCCUACCAAUUAGAACACCUCUUGCUGGGCGUCAUUCAAUACGUUGCAAACAGUGCGAUCACAGCUUGUGUAAGGGGGAAUACAGUCCCACUUCGAUCAAAUUCAAAAUUCAGGUUUUGGCUGGAAAUCAUGUGCCUGACAUUCGUUUGUCACGCCAAGCAGCUCUUGUAGGAAGUCAGUGGUGUCCGCUUUUUCUCACUGUAUCCAAUUUCUCCGCAAGUCUCGCACGCGUCGUAAUUAUUCCAUAUACAAAUGAGGAUGAAUCGUAUGUUAAGUGCGACACUCCUGUGAUUGAAUUAUCUAUACCAAAUAGGGAUGAUGCGAUGGAAUGGGAUGAAGCACUUGAAAAGUCUAUUAACGAAACUGAAGGUUUGAUUGUGUUCAGACGACGGCAUCGCAUUGGUGUAAGAUUUAAUGUUCACGCAACUGAAGGUACGGAUAGAAAAUUGGCAUUAAUUGUGAAACAUGGUAAUUGUAGCAGUUCAUUCGAACAUGGUAGUGAUCAAACUUGGCUUCAGCACAAGAAAAUAAAACAGAAAGAGAGCGAGGGGAAUCGGAGAGUUCGUUUAAGUCGGCGUGCGUGGAAGUAUCGGAUCGAUGAUGAUGAAAGUGAAAAAGAAGCUUACAUGCAACGAUGCGCAUACGUUAGUCGUCGAACGCAGUUAGCAUGUAAAAAUUAUCGCCCAUCUUCAGAAAUGACACCGGAAGGUUUCUGUGAAGUGCAUACUCACUUCUUUCAACAACUGGCACAGCACGCUAUGACAGAGCAACGUCGUAUUGAAAGAACUUUGCUCAAUAAACCGAAAGAUAUAAACAUGAUUACUGAUGAUGAAACACUGAUGACGGUGGAAGAUUGGGCUUGUGCAGAACAAGACUUAUUCAAUGAUAUUCUUUUGGAUGACGAUGAUGAAGACCCUCUGAAGAAUGCCGAAGUUUGGACUGAUGAAGAAGUAGUUCGGUGUCAAUUAACAGCUCUUGAGCGAAAAUUGGCUGUGACUCGUGAUUUGAGAAAAUUGAUAGCCGAAAAAGUACGUCGUCUCACUGUUUUGUACGCCAAAGCCAUGGAAGAAGACCAAAAAAAAGGGAAAGCAAAAGUUGAAGAUAGUCGCUUACGAGAGAUUCAACUUGCUAACAGGAAGUAUCAUUCAUAUCAUUCAGCAAAGAACCAAUAUAUGUUAAGAAGACUGAAAGCAAGGCUUGAAUGGGAUGGUUCUGAGAAACACAAAUUAGAUUAUCUUAAAACAGAUGACAGGAAAAGUGCACAGUGCGUCUUCAUUCUUAAAAACAGCGUUCCGUCAAAUAACGGAUGUUACAAAGCAGUCACCAGAUCACUUUCUGAAACAAGCAAACGACCAGAUGAAAUGAGUGCGGAACAUGAUUCUUAUAUUAUUCAAAGUCUGUUAAACAGAUUAUGUAAACAAAUUGAGCAAGCUUCGGAUUCUGAAAAAGACCCAACAUAUGUUUCUCCCGAGGAUGAAAAUGAAAGGAUGAAGAAAGAACAUCGUUGUUCAAAUUGGACACUUCCAAAAUUGAAUCACUGUGUUGCACAUAUAUAUGAUGAUUAUCGGCAACGUCUUUUUGCACCUUGUACAGAAUGCGGCGCGUUGGGUUUGGAUUUUGGUGAUGGAUUGAACUUCUGUUUUAAACAUAUUGCUAAAAGAAAUUCAGUCAAUACUAUUGAGCACUGGGAAACAGUUACUGUGCAACAAGGAACGAUUCCAAUAAGCAAUACAUCAGGUGUCUGCCCUGUUGGACAGACACAAAGCGAUGUAAGAUCCGAUUUGAAAUCGUUGGUGGAUUCUUCUAUUGCUAUUGCUAAUAGCGGAGGAGAUGUUGAUGAAGAAAAUAAGAACUUCCCAGUAAAAUUUGUUGUCAUUGAUGAAAGAAAAGAUGAAAAAAAUGGAACUGAUGUAAAAAUAAAUACGCCAACUAAGGGAACCGUAAGAAACUCUGGAGAUGUAUUACUGCCGCGUGGUAUAUCAAUACAUAGGUCAUGGCAAGAAGAAGAUCUUCAUUCCUGUGCUCGAACCAGACCGUUUACAACAGAGAAUUUUCCCAAAACUAAAAUAAGACGAACUGCUGGAAAUCGAUAUUCGCUGUCAGAUGUCAGGGAUUAUUUAGGCGGUAAUAUGUUGAGUCCCUCCAUAUAUCACUCACAAGAACAGCUAUCGAAAUCAAUGGUGCAAGAUCUUUUGAGUGGUGGACCAACCAGAGCAGCAGCAUCAGCAGCACAGUUUUCUAGAAGAAUUUCGACUCCCAGCACCACUUUUAACCCUAAAAUUGGAUUUAGAAGAACUGCUUAUAAUGCAGCAGUCAGUAGAUCGGCAAUUGAAGCUCCUGAAAUGAUAUCAUUAGGAUCAACAAGCAGUGCAUCUGUUGCACCAACAUCGAUGAAUUCAACAUCUCCGUCUUCCAGAUCCGUCAUACAAAGACCAAUCGUAUUGCGAAGUCGCACAGAUACAUCAUCUGCUGCACCAGGUCAAUCGGCACGAUUACCUUCACGCUACAUUGCUACUGUGGGAGCUUCUCGUCUGUUACCAAACUGGCGCAACCGUAGUACUAUUUCGCUAGACAGUAGAAUAAGGCGAGCACCAGCGAAUGUCGUUUUACCUAUGGAUUAUUCUAACCGACCUACAAAUGCAACAACAUCCAGAAUUAGUCCCUAUCUUCGGCGACGUGAUGAACGACAGUUUAUUAGUGGCGAGUUUUUUUUAAAUCGAAAUGCACGGUCGCGACUUGUUGCUAUUGAUUCGUUAUCUUAUACUGCUCCACGGGUUCAACCACGUUCUUAUCCACUUUCGACAUUUCGACAGGAGAUUCCGAGGCCGGUAGUUUGUCGACCGCGUGUAACAGCUGAACCAAAGACGCAAUCAACAGCUGAAACUCUCGAGACAGCGGCAGCAGUGGCUAGUAUAGCUGCCGACUUAGAAACAUCUGAGGAUAAAGAGGAUGAAGGUCGUGAUAAAUUUCUAGGAAUAAUUAGAAGGCUCGAAACAUCUGCUUGGCAAACUGUUGAAGAACCACCAAUCGGUCAAAAAUUGGCUUCUGAACGACGUGUAAUAACUAGUGAAGUUGUACUAAAUGCAUCGAGAACCAGUAAUAAGCGCUCCGCUGCAUUGCUUUCGAGGCAGUCAAGUGGUGAGAGUACGGAAGAUGGAUUAGCAGUGCUUGCAAUGGCCGCUGCAUCACGAGCUUUUGAUUCCGAUCAAUCGUCACCGCCCUCUAAAAAAUCCAAGUACGGCCAGUUAGGCUUGGAAGAAGAAGAUGAUGAAUGA